AUGGUCGGUGAGACGUUGCCAGAUGUGCUGCAGAUCGAGAUGGUGUCUGGAUUGGCCUGGUCGCACACGCAUCACGCAUCGGACCUCCUUGCAUCCUGCAAGCACAGCAUCUUUCAUCUCCAACCGGGCCACGCCGACGGGGGAAAGGGCGCCAUUUACCGAUGGCCAGCCAUUGUUGCAGCAAUGAGAUAA